AUGUCUGCUACAGACUCGAAGGAGUACUGCGAGAAGCGGCAGGAGCAGCAGAAUGCACCCAAAGCGUCUCAUCCUUCUUCUUCUGGUGACGUAGGUGCGCAUACACCCCAACGAACUCACCAGGCAGUGCGGCUUCACUGGGACCCUGUCACUAUAUCUGAGUCAACAGUUCCUUCUACUUCUUCUCCCGCAGGCUCAAUUGGCAUUGGAGCAGCAACAGCAGCAGCAGCAGCAGCAGCUGCUGCUGCUGCUGCUUCCUGCAGCAUUCACCCCUCGUCUAUAUUUGGAGACGUGGGCGCUGCUUCUGAGGGAGGAGCGGCAAUAGGGAUCCCUUAUUGUAUAGGGGGGAGCCUGAGCCGCAGUGUAGAGGCAGGAGGAACUCAGCGCGAAGCUACUGCUGCUGCUGCUGCUGCUGCUGCUGCUGCUGCUGCUUCUGCUGCUGCAGGCGUGAAUGAUCCUGCUGGAGUUGGGGUGUCUGUACACCCCCCCGUGCCGUACUUUUCUCUCACCAGCGAAGCCGCAGCUGUACAGCAAGAUGUGGUGUUGCUCUCUGGCGCGAGCGGCGAUGCAACACUAAUGGAAGCCGCAGGCACAGCAGCAGCAGCAGCAGCAGCAGCAGCAGCAGCAGCAGCAUCUGUGGGAGCAGCGGCAGCAUCACCAGAUUCAGAAGCAGCAGCAGCAGCAGCAGCGUCAGGAGGAUCUACUCCCGCAGCAUCAUCAUCCUCAUCAUCAUCAUCAUCAGCAACAGCAACAGCAGCAGCAGCAGCAGCAGCAGCAGGAGCAGCAGCAGCAGGAGGAGAGUGCAGCAGCGUUUCAAAGUCGAGUGUAGCUCUGGAGUUGCUGGAGUGUGGUAGGGUCCAAGCGACUAGGAAGAAGCAAGAAAACAAACAGCAGCAACAGCAACAGCAACAGCAGCAGCAGCAGCAGCAGCAGCAGUGGUGGUGCAUGCAGCAGCAACAGUACUGGUGCUGCUUCUGCAGCAGGACCUGCAGCAACAGCAGCAGCAGCAGCAGCAGGAGAAGGAGGGAGAGAGAAUAG